UGGCAAGGUGGAAGGGAGCCUCCCUGGCUGCCAUUUGGAGGAACGACGCAGCAGUGAGAGGCCAGGGCCUGGAGCUGAGAGCUGGAUCUCCACAUCUUGAAAUCAGACACUUAAGGCAGAAAACCCUUGCGUGCUAUUAUUUUAGAGUUUUCCUGGCUUCCUGUGUGACCCUCUGGAUGUCUAGAGGCCCCCACUGAGACAGCCCCCCGCAUGGCAUGAAAUUAAGCAUCUGACUAUCUGUGAUCAGUUGCCUCUUGUCAAGUCAACGUCUUGAUCUGUAUAGCCUUUGACCUCCUACUAAAUCAAGGUCCUGAUCUGGAUUGCCCAGAAGAUUAUGGAAUGGUGAAGGCAGCCAUUUUGCGAGGGUAAGCUUUCAGCUGGGAGAAGAAGCAGCAACAGGCAACGGGGUCUUUUCCUUCAACGUCUUCAAGUCAUUAAAAUGAAGGAAGAACCAGAAAGCUCAGUCCUUGAACCUGGGAUAGGAGGCGAAGGAUCGGAAGAAGCGCCACAAAUCAUUCAGGCUGGGAGUAUCAAAGAACUCCUCCACAGGACCUCCAAAAAGCAGUUUACCCAGGUUCCAGGCAAGGGGCUGCUUGAGGAGUGGGAGAACCAGUGGCAGGAGUUCUUGGAGACGCUGGAGUCUCCCAGCUUGGACUCUGGUGACCCACAGCCUCCACAGGCAGAGCCCAGCCCAUGGGAUGACGCCAAGGCCUUCCUGGCCUCCUUCGAGCAAGUGGCUGAGGCCUGCCGGUGGCCCAAAGAAGAGUGGGUGAGCCGACUAGUGCCAGCUCUCAGUGGCGAAGCCAAGCAGCUCUUUAAAGGCUUGAAGGCCAGGGACAAAGAUGAUUAUGGGAAGGUGAAGGUGGCCAUUUUGCGAGGGGACACUUUCAACAGGGAGAAGAAGCGACAACAGUUCCGGCAUUUCAACUACCAGCAGGCCAAAGGUCCGAGAGGAGUUUACAGCCGCCUCCAGGAGCUUUGCAACCAGUGGCUGAAGGUCGAGAAACACUCCAAGGAGCAGAUCCUAGAGCAACUGGUGCUGGAGCAGUUCCUGGCCGUCCUGCCACCAAAAAUCCAGAAAUGGGUCAGAGAACUUGUCCCAGAGUCAUGCACUGAAGCAGUGGCCCUGACGGAGGAGUUUCUGCUCAUGCAGAAAGAGGCUAAGAAACAGAAACAGCAGCAGCCCAAAGCAGCAAGCAUGAAUAUACCUGAAGGAGAAAGUGGACCCCCUAUUUCAGAGCAGAUAGAGAGUUGCAAACAGGACAAUAGAAGAAUCAGCAAGCCUGACAAUGUUAAUGCUGUGCAGGAUCUAGUGUUGAAUAAUCCAGUUACUGAUGAUGAAAAGAAUAACAAUAGACAAGAACGGUCUUUGCAAAUGAAUCCUAAAAAUGCAUCACCAUCAAAGACAGAACAUAACAUCUCCCAGUGCUGUAAGCCAGCAGAAGCUUCUGGAAGUCAUAAUGCCACAGAAAAAGAGACAAAGAAAAGCCCCUGCAAAAAAGUUGUCAAGAAGCUGAAUAAUACCAAGCCAGAAAAACAAAGAGCCAAGAAAGAACAAGCCUCUCCUCCAAAUGGCAAGACCUUCAAAGUGAAAUCUCCCCUCGUUCUCUCCUUGAGUGUCCAGUCCAAAAAGAAAUCCUAUAAAUGUUCUGAGUGUGGGAAGGCUUUUAGCCGACCUUCACACCUUUAUUACCACCACCGGAUCCACACAGGGGAGAAACCCUUUAAAUGCUCAUACUGCAAGAAAUGCUUCCGGGUACGCUCACACCUCGUAAAACACGAGAGGCUGCAUACAGGAGAGAAGCCAUACAAAUGCAAGGACUGCGGGAAGACCUUUUGCCAGAUCACAAGCAUGCAGAGGCACCGGAAAAUGCAUGUUGGGGCCAUGGUCUACAAAUGCUCUGAUUGUGGGAAAAGCUUCAGUCAGCGUGCCAAGUUCUGCCAGCAUCGGAAAAUCCACAUGAAGGCAAAAACCUACCCUUGCUCUCGCUGCAGGAAGACCUUCAGUAAUCUCUCGCUCCUUUAUGACCACCAGAAGACCCAUGCAGAGCAGCUGACUUACAGGUGUCCUGUGUGUGACAAACCCUUUCGCCACCAAUCCAGCUUGCUGAAGCACAAAAGGACCCACACGGGGGAGAAGCCCUUUACGUGCACCACGUGUGGCAAAGGUUUCAGCCAGACUUCGAACCUUCACAAGCACUGCAAGAUCCACACAGGGGAGAAACCGUUUAAGUGUGUGACCUGUGGGAAGACCUUCACACAAAGCUCCAAUCUAGCCCUGCACCUGAACACCCACAAAGGAUUCAAGGCAUAUCAGUGCUUAGACUGUGGUGACACAUUCAGCAACCGGUCACAUCUUAUGAAGCACAAACUGAUCCACACAGAAGAGAAAGCAACAACUUCGGCCUCAAAUUGCACCUAAUUUUACAAGACAAAGAAGUAACUCUUUUUAAUUAAAGGCAUAAAUCAGGGUGGGCAACUUUGGAAGUUCCAGUUUCUACUCCUCCUGAACAACCAGAAGCAGCAACAAUUUCUAGCAAAACCGAUAGUGACUAUUCCUGAUUUCAAACCAACAAAACAAAUGUUCUUGCUAAAACAAGAUAUGGGAUAUCCCUUGUGUAGAUGAGAAUCACACUUCUGGAAGCUUCUCGAAUUGCAGUUCUCCCACAACCCCCCCCCUUUUUUUUUGUGAUGAAGAAUUUGGGGGUCACACAAAUCAUCUUGAGGUCUACAAGUAGCCCAUAGGCUGUACAAUUCCCACCACUGGCAUAUAUCACCAAAUUUCUCUUCUGCUGUUUAAUUCAUAAAGAAGCAUAGCCCAGUCCUCUCUCACGCUGUCUUACAGUAUGGCAUUGAUCAUUCUGAGCUGCCUUACAGGCAGAUUUUCUGAAUUAUUGCAACAGGAUCCCUGUGAAAUGCCUUUAGAGGGGUUGGCAGAAAGACUCAGAAUACUGCUCUGCUUCUCCAAAGAGGAAAAUGUGUCACAGGAGAAGUGACAAGAUGGAGAAACACUGUGAUUUAUUCUUUAAAGAGACUGUCAAUAGUUAUUGUUGGAUGAAUUACAGAUGAAAUUGUUGUUUCUCCAAAGAUAGAUUCUGUUGGCACUUACUGAAAUGGUGAGGAUCACACAAAAGCUUAAAUGGAUGUAAAGGGUGCAAAGCAAACAUCACAAAGCAGCGUUGGGGGUCAAACAACCUCCCUUGCAUUGGUCAGCCUUCCAGUAGGUUUAAAAUCCCCUAUCUUGAUUCAGGCUAAAGGUAAUACAAUGGAAUUUUUUGAUCAAUUGUAAUUCAACGUGAGCAUAGGACUAUGACUCUGGAGAUUGUGGUUCGAUCAUGGAAACUCACUGAGUGACCUUGGGCAAGUCACACAGCCCCAGAAAAUCCCAUGAUAGGUUUGCCUUAGAAUUGCCAUAGGUCAGAACAGACUUGAAGGUACAUGACAACAACAGCAAUGCAGGUUAUUUAUUCUGGAGUAGCUGUUAAUGUUUCUUUGCUCCAGAACAGAGGCUUGGUAAAAGAGGAUCCUGGGAAGCUGAAAUGCUCCCCUAGUGUAACUUUCAACAAAACAUUGUUCCCAAAAUACCGUAUGUACCAGAGGUAAAAUAAAGACUGAAAAGAAUGUCCAUGCAAAUUUAUCUUUGCUGUUCUAACUCUGACAUGGCAGCUUGAGCAAUGUGCUUGAGUGAUGGCUGCAAUCACAAAGAUUUCCACAUUCAGUGGUACCUGGAUCGUUCAUAAGAAACUUCAUAGAAUAGAGUUGGAAGAGACCACAAGGGCCAUCCAAUCCAGAUGGCCAUCCUGCCUGUUUAAAGACCUCCAAGAAAGGAAACUCCACUACACUCCAAGGGAGUGUGUUUCACUGUCGA